AUGGAAAAGAACAAACGACGAUCAAUAUCGUACAACAGCACAAUUGCUGGUUUUGGUUGCUUGAACUCUUCAAUAACACACCCAGAGAUACCAUUUUUUAAAUUACCUGAAAUAUUGGAAAGGAGCCAUACACUUGACGAGAGAUUCCUGUAUUCUCAAACGGAGGUGCGAAGAGUACAGUGGCAUCCGACGUCCUUCUCACACUUAUUAGUGCUCGUAUCAGACAACACUAUCAGAUUAUACAACGUAGCUAUGAAGACUGGCCCAAAACUGGUCAAGAUCUUCACCAUCGGACCAAAACCUUCCGGUCUUCUAGCUGGAAAGACUAUCCUGGACAGCCUUGGAGACACCGGCGUAGACUUCACGCCCACACCUGACGCUGAACACCUGGUCAUACUAAAAGGCAAUGGAGACGUGUACAUGAUGGAAUGCAAUCUGGAAGGGAAAAGCGGUCAUCAGCCCAAACUAUCGGGUCCGUUGGCAAUGUACCCGCCCGCGGACGAUAACUACGGCACGGAGUCUUGCAGUAUAACAGCACUGGGCGGAGCCGGCGGAGACACGCCACCUCUACUAGUUGUGGCUACAUGUUCCGCUGCCUUAUACCACUGUCUGCUGCUGCCUACUGGCGUGGACAAAGAAGAUGGCGACACUCACGCCCUCUACGUGGUGGAAGCUGUGGAGCUGAACAUUACUUUAGGUCCUGACGAUGAGCACAUGCAGUAUUCCUACCCGGUGCAUCUGUACCCGUGCACGGGCAAUACGUACGCUUGUGUACAUGCUGGCGGAGUCCAUACUGUGACAUUACCCAUACUGGCGCAUCUCAAGGACUACGCGCUCGCGGACGAAGCGGAUGCUGACACAGCGCUAUCGUCGCUGUGCUCCCAGCCCAGUACGGCGCGCCAUAUUGUGUGCACUUCCACUACGGGGAGAGUGGAUCCCCCCGCGGGGGUGGUUAUUUCCCCCGCUCCUUUAGCUAAAGUGUUGGUGCUGUGCCCUGAUUCAACGCUACUGCCAAGAACCAUAGAACCUUACGACCUGGAAGAGCAGUUGUACAAAGAACUACAGUUGAAAAAUCCGGCCUUGGAACAAGACGAUAUUGAUAAAUUACUCAAAGAGAGACAGAAGCUUUCCUUCAGCAGCAUAGUACAAGAGAUUCUCAGUCGUGAAGUGUCUCAGCCGAUCCUCAACCUGAACAAGGAACAGCCGCCCGCCCUCAAUCAUAUGCUGCAGUUUCUAACGCAAGCGACUUUGCGCUUUAGAGGAGAAUAUAUGUCGCGACAGCAACGUGCUACUGAUGCAUUACUUACCAAACUACGGGCUCAAAAUGCACUCAAAGUUCAACACAAGCAGUGGCUGCAAGAUUUACAGCAAGAUGUGGAGGAAGUACAAAUUCAGUCUACAGCACUCAAGGAAAAGUGUAUGCUGGCAGAGAAACAUCAAGACGACUUCAAAUAUAGAUGCUCAACGGUAGUUCGCGAACUGCGCGGCAGUUGCGGCGUAUCAGCUGCCGAGAGGGAACUGUCGGAUCAAUUGUCUCGAUAUCAGCAGCUGGCACUGCAGCUGCAGCGGCAGAUAACGCGGCUGCAGCACCACGCCACGCACCAACGCAACCAGAUGAAGGAAUGGCAAGAGGAAUACAAAAAGAAGGACAUCGCUUUGGGAAAAUCACACAGCGACACCAUAUCAUCCAUACUGCAGCAACAAACCAGCCAAAUAUCAACAUUGAUCGAAGACACCAAACUACUCAAAGACCAACUCAGUAUCGUCUAGUGUUAUUCUUUAAUUAUAGUUAUUUUUUUUUUAAUAAUUUUUAGCCUGCAUUUAUUUAGUUUCCCUUGCUUAGAGACGUUAAUUAAUGCUAAAGUCAUUUCGUUGUCUUGUUGAAGUCGUUAAAAUGAGAGC